UGUAGCAAUAUAACAAUAUCACAAUGGACUUUUUAUUCCAUUUUUCUCAAAUCUUAUGCUGGAACCACUCUACUCGUAUCGAUUGAAUCACGUGACCCACAUAAUGAAAAUUACCACUAAUAUCUACCCCAUUCCAUCAUUAACUAACAUAAAUUAUUCACUAAUUCCUAACUAAUUACUAUUAGAAUUGAUUGACAAGUAGCCGACACUAACCAUCUACUAUCCACUACCACAAUGUCGAAAUCCCGAAGUAGAAAUAGUUUAUUAUCAUCGCACAAUCGAUCUACAUUUGGAACUUCAAGUAAAGAUGAACUACUAGCCCGAAAGUUUCUGAUGGAUAAGCCUGAUGCUGCAUUAUAUCCAUUAAAUGAUAUUGAAAUCGGUGAAACUACAACCACAAGUACAAAUCCAAACUCAAGUACAAAUCCCAAUCCAAAUCCCAAUCCAAAUACUCAUACACAUACAACAUAUCCUGAUUUUAAACCAUGGACAGAUCAUACCAAUUUAGGAGAAGAACUUCGACAACAAGAAACUCAAAAAGUUAAUAAUGCAUCAUAUUUAAAUAAAGGAUAUUUUGAAAUCCCCAUGGUAUCUAAUGAAUAUUAUUCUGCCCGAAAUUUAAUUCAAGCAACAAUCUUUUCAUCAACUGAAAAUUGUAAUGAAGUAUUAAAAGAAUUAUCUCAACAUUUAGCUAAUGCUUAUAAAUCUAGAAAUGAAAUAAUUAAUAAAAUUAAAUAUAAUUCAAAUAAAUUUAAGAUCCCUCCUCGAGUUACAUUAACAGUAUCAAAGAAAGAAUCUUGGUUAAGAGAUCUUGCCAAACCUGAAAUUCCAUUUCUGAAAAUCGGAGAAAAGAUUCCUCAUGGAAUUCGAAAUAAAGUCCUUGUGGAUUCGGUUUGUAGUAAGAAUGUUCCUAUAAAUCGAGCUAUUUGGUUUACCAAAUGUGUUCUUUAUGGAGAAUUAGUAGCAUUAAAGAGGAAACAUCAAGCAAGAUUAUCAAUAAAUAGUCCUGCUCCUCAUAACAAUAAUAAUAAUAAUCAAGACUCUGCAAGUUUAGAUAAAUUUGAAGAUUUAUGGUUUCAAGAAUGGACUCAACAAGUUAGUGACUAUAUCUAUCGAUUUUCUAAAGAAAUAUCCAAUUUUACAAAUUCAGAUCGGAAAAUUAAUUAUAUGAAUAAAUUAAGUUAUUUACUUAAUUAUACUGAAUGUUUAUAUAUUGAAGGGUUAUUAGAUAAGAAUCUUUUCUUAUCAUUAAUUAUCAAAUUCUUAAAGGAAGGUUUACCCCUUGAACAAAAACAUAUAUCUGAAUUAUUAGCCGUAUCAAUAAUUGAUGGUGAUGAUAUAUUUACUGAAAGUUGGAUUGAUGAAAUUGAUUUAAAUUUUGGUCAAAGAUUAGUUAGUUUAACCUUAAUUAAAAUCUUUUGGAAUGAUAUUUUAAAGCUUGAUUAUUUAUGUAAAGAAUUAAGUGAAUCAUUAUUAUUAAAUUAUUUCUUUAUUGAUACAAUAUCAUUAAGACAAUCUCAAUCAAAUUCUUCAAAUCUUCCUAAAUCUUCCUUACCUCCAUCAUUAAAACAAAAUUUAAUAACUAUGAUUGCUGAUACAGUUAAUUAUUUAUUUCGAUAUAAUACUAAUAUGUUUAUUAUACCUAAUUAUUGGAUAUUAGUUAAUGGAAUCUUAGUUAAAAUAUUACUUGAAAAUAGUCUGAAUUCUAUGGAAGAAGAUGAAGAAGUUCUGAAACAACUUGAAUUAGUUAAAUUUCGAAAUGAAAGUUUAAUAUUAAAUAUGAAGAAUCUUCUGCCAUCUCCUACAACAACAAUAAAUUUUGGUAAUGAAAGAAGAAGUUCAUUUCUUGGAUCUCAAAGUUUAAGUUUAGUAUCUCCUCUUCCUCCUGGAGGAAUACUUUCAAAUGAUGAACUGAUAUUUAUUAAUAGAAAUCCUGAUGAUGUAUUUCAAAUCAUUUUUCAAUUAGAUUUAUUAAAAUUAAAUAAUAAUUUCGCUAGUUUAAUACGUCCACGUCCACCAUCAGGAUCUAUAUCAUCUAAGAUUACCACCAAUUGGAAAUUAAAUUUAAAAGUAGUCAUUUAUUGGUGUAUAACCAAAUAUCGAAGUGAACGAGAAUCUAAUGAAAGUAUAUUAAUUAUUUGUAAUUUUAUUAAGAGGAAAGUAUUUGGACCAUUAAAUCCUAAAACUCUGGGGAAUCCAAAGGCUGAAUUUGAGAAUGAAUUACUUGAAAUUAUUUAUAAUAUUGCUGAAAAUCAUUCAUUAAAGAUUGAUAAGUAUAAAUUAUAUGUACUUAUAAAUGAAUUAUGUCAAUUAAAAGUUAUAUCAAUUGGAUCUUAUUUAAGAAAAUUCAUUGCUUCAGGGAUAUUUUAUUUAUCUCCUGGAGGUGGAGGUACUGAUGAGAAUAUUAUGUCGGAUGAAUAUAAUCCCCUUGUAGAAACUCAUUUAUCAAUUCUACAAAAUUUACCAGUCAUUAAUAAUCGACAAUUCGAUAGUAUACUAAAGAAAUUAUCGUCGGGAUCAGAUUUAAAGGAGAAAUUCGAUCAUGGAACCAAUAUCUUUAAAUCAGAUAUACUUGAUAAAUUAAUUAAUAAUGAUACUUAUUCAAAUGAUUUUCAGACCAGUAUUAAUUAUGUAUGUGAUUUAAAUAUUGGAAUUAAAUUUCUUCUAAUUAAUUGGUUAACUAAUGAAUUGAAAAUUACUAUUGCUAAAUCUCCUAAAUUAAUUCAUAUUAAUCCAGAUUUAUUAGCUAAUUUAUAUCAUAUUUAUGCUACUUGUGAUAAUUUAACAGUAUUCUUUAAAAUUGUUAUAAAAUUCCUUUUAAGAAAUGAAGGAGGAAUUAUAAUUUUAUAUCUUGAUUCACUUUAUUUAAUUGCCAAAUUACUUAUAAGACACUUUAAAUUACUUAAAUUUGUGGCAGGUAAUACUCAUACUGGAUCAGAUUCUACUUGUUAUGAAUUAUUUAAAUUAAUUAUUCAAACUUAUAAAGAUUUUCAAAGUCGAGAAUUUGAUUAUUUCCGAUUUGAUCAAGUAUGGAUGUUUGUAGAUUCAGUAUUUGAUAAGAAUUUUCAAAAGGAUGAACCUCAAAUAGCUCCUAAUAAAAAGGUAUUUACCAAUAUAUUUGGUAAAGAACUGAUUGAUUCUCCCAUGAGAAUUAAUACUACAGAUAUUGAUAAUGAUAGAGGAGGUUUAGAAAAAUAUACUCCGACUGAUUUUAGACAAGAUUUGGAUUCAUUACUUCAAUAUAAAUUUCAACCAAUGACAAUUUCUGAAGUUAAAGAUUUAGUGAUUAAUUUGAAAUUAAGUGUGGAUUUAACUAAUCCAUUAUCAUUGAAAAGAACAGCCUUAAAUUUAAUAGAGAAUUUAUGGAAUUCAAGUAAUACUAAAUCUGAUGAUGUUGAAUCAGUUAAAUUAUUUAUUAAUAUUAGAAAUAGUCUUGGAAUUGAUUCAUUAACUAAAUUUAAUCAAGAAUUUACCGUAUAUAUUGCCAAUUUACCGGUUGAAAAUGAUAUUAAAUUAGUAGGGCAUUUUUAUAAAAAGUUAAUUAUUUAUGAAAUUAUAAGAAUGAGUGAUUUAAUGACAGUAUUAAAUAGUGUGGUAGAUAAGGGAAGCUUUGAUAAAAUCGCAGCUAUUAUCCUUGAUGUUUUAUUAGGUAAUCCAUUAAUUGAAACUCAAGAAUUUACUAAGAGUCAAGCUUUACUACUUAAAGUAAUUAGACGAGGUUAUAAAGAUCGAUCAGGAAGUUCAUUCCAUCAUUUUACUCUUAAAAGUCUUAUAGCUUUAGAGUCUCCAAUUCAAGAAUCGGUACAAGUAUUAAAUUUACAGAUUGAAGUAAUGAAAUAUUUUAAUCAAUUAAUUGUUACAGCUACAAAAUUAACUUUAGAUGAAUUUAUUUCAAAGAUUUCAUUUCAAGAUGCAAUUUAUUUACUUAAUACUUCAUUAGGUAAAUCAUCAUCUAAUGAAUUUGUUAAAGAAUUAAAGGAUUUUUCAAAUGUAUCCCAUGAAAUUGAUGAAUUUAAUUUACCCAUGUAUCAAUUAUUAUUACGAGUUAUUUGUCAAAAUGAACUUGGACAAGUUCCAAAAGCUGAACAAAAGGAAUUAUUAAGUUUCUUAGUUGAAACAUUUAUUCAAAAUCUUGAUUUUACAUUUUCUUCAUAUAAUUCAUAUAUUGGAGAAUUAUUAAAUUUUAUUGAAUGGGAUGAUAAAGUUUGUAUAUUAGAAAUUUUAGAAUCAAUGUUUUUAAAGGGGACAACUAUAUAUGAUGUUAAACAAGCUAUUUCUAAAAAUAAAGCUAUUGAUUUAACUAAUAUAUUAGGUACUAUUAAUUUAUUACCAGUAUUUAAUGAUUUCUUUAAAAAAUUCUCCACUUCUUCAUCAAAUACAGUUGAAUCAUCACCAGUAUUCUUUGAAAAUUUAUCUAAUUUUUUAAUUAAUUUAUUAGAUUUAGUUAAUGAAGAAUUGGUUUUUAUAUUUAAAGAUGAUAUAAGUGAUGCAAUUUCUAUAUUUCUUAGAAUAUUAAUUAUUCAUAAAGUUACUUUAACAACUGCUAUAAUUGUUUAUGAUGGUGAACAAUUUUUAUUUAUUAAGAAUUUAAUUGCAUUAUUGAAUAGUCAAUUCUUAUCUCAAGUUAAUGAAAAAUUAAUGAUCCUUCUUUAUGAUUUAUUAUUAUUAAUGAAAUUAUCUAUAACUCAAGAAAUUAAUCUGUUGGGUAAUACUGAUUUACCAGAACCAACAUCUCCAGGAUUUAUUGGUGGUAUGAUGGGUCAAGGUAGUCCAACAUCUGAAGAACAAAUGAAAUUAUUAGGUGAAUCAGAAUCAGGUAAUACUGGAGGUAAUUCAGGAGGAGAAUCAGGGAAUUUUAAUUCAUCUUCAAUGUCAAAUCUUAAUCAAGUGACUUCAUUAUUUAAUUUACCUGAACCUAAUGCAAAUAAUCCUUUACAAUCAUAUAUUGAUGCUAAGAAAAUUGAUAGUGCAUUAACUCUUGAUGUGGAUGAAUUAGAAACAAGUGGAGAUUUCCAUAGUUUUAAUAAUAGUGGACUUGUCUUAGUAUCUUCAAGAAAUGAUUCGGUAAGUUUAUCGAAUAUUUUAGGGUCAACUCCAACGGCUGCAAAAUCUAUCACUAAGCUCGAAUUUAAACUUCGCAGCUUUGAAAUUCUUGAGGAUACCUCGAACUCUUUAAAUGAUGCUGACGUGUCUGAUAUAGAGGAUGACACAGUGAUUGAGAAUGGUGAGGGUGGUGGAGCUACUGGUGGGAUGGGAGGAUUCUAUGCUAUAAAUAGUAACACUAACAGUACCAGUAGAAGUACUACUAAUGGUAAUGGUAUACCGACAUUAAUGCCCGAAGCCAGAGCUCCAGCAACAGAUCUAAGGAAUUUAGCCAGUGCUAAUUUCUCAUCCGAUUCUCUAUCUGGAUCUCAACCUCAAACUAUAAGUUAUAUUGCUAUGUCACCUAUCAUUUCUGCUAAUAAUCCAUUAAGUCCAGUUAAUUUAACUACUAAUUAUCAUUUACGAAAAUAUUCAAAUUCUUCAAUUAAUGGUUCACCUAUAUCACAACCAGUCCAUUUACGAAAUGGUUCUAGUACAAAUUCAAGACCUAGACCAAAAUCUGCCAUGUUUGGAUUUGAUUCAAAUCAUUAUACAAUAGCUGAAAAUGAAUUAGCAAUUUCAACUCCAUCAAUAAAUGUUCCAGGUUCAAGAAAUUCAUUAUAUUCUAGUAAUAGUCAACCAUUUUCAAAAUCUCCAUCAAGACUGUCUUCGCCAACUAGAAAUUCUAGACAAAUGAGAAGUAAAUCUCCUGUAAGACGUUCAAAUUCUCCUAAUAAAUCUUAUCAACCAUUUAAUUUUAAAUCUCAAGAUAUGUUUUUAAAUCCUAAUGGUUCAGCUCAUUCUGUUCUGUCAAAACCAGCUCAAAGAAAGGGUCAUAGAUAUAAAACAUCUUCAGUUUCAAUGAAUUUAUUUCAAGAACCUCCUCCAGCUUCAUCUAAUGAACAAUUAACAAUUCCUGAUCUGUAUCCUAUCCCAAAUUUUAAAGAAUCAAUAGCAUCAAUAAAAUCUAAUCAAAAAUUAAGAUUAUUCUGGUCAGCCUUUCAUUUUCUUUCAUCAUUAAUAGUAUUUAUCAUAGGAUUUAAAUUUAAAAUUUCACCAUUAUCAACUCUUGCUCAUUUAGUAUUUUAUGAUGCACUUGGAUCAUUGGUUAUUGUAUUUGUUGAUAUAAUGUCUAAUUUUGAAGUUUGGAAUAAUUCUUCAAUGACUUAUCCUUUUGGAUUAGGUAGAAUAGAAGUUUUAGCUGGAUUUGCUUUAAGUUCUUCAUUAAUUAUGGUAGGAUUUGAUCUUCUUAGUCAUUUUGUUGAAGAAUUUAUAGUAUUAUGGGUGGUUGAUAAUGAAGGAGAAGCUAUAGAACAACAUCUGUCACAUCAUAUUCAUGCAGAACAUGGAAAUAAUGGAAAUAAUGAUAUUAAUUGGUUAAUAUAUAAUGGAAUUCUUAUAUCAAUAAUAAUUAUUACCCUUAUAAGUUCUAAUUAUAUUUUAGCAUUAGAUAAAAUUAAUGAAAUGAUAUCAUCAUCUGAUGAUUCUAAACAAAAUAAUAAUGUGGAAGAAAUUGAAAUAAAAGAUAAUAAAUUUACUACAAGUUCAAAAUUACAUAAAUUCUUAAAGAUAUGGACAAAGAAUCCUACCCAUUUUUUAACUUUAGCUUAUUCUAUUUAUUUAAUUACAAUUCCUUUACUUCCUGGAACAUUUUUUGAAGAUAUAACCAUUGAUAUGAAUGAAGCAGCCACAUUAUUAGUGGCAUUAAUGUUAUGUUUUACUGGAUGGAAAUUAGUUAAAUCAUUAGGAGGUAUUUUAUUAUGUUCAUAUCCUUAUUCAGAUUAUGAUUAUCAUAUACUUAAAUCAGUUAUAACUGAUCGACUUUUAAAUUCAGAUUCAUUUAAGAGUUCUUACAGUAUAGAUACAUUAUUUAUAACUAAAUUUAAUUAUGAAUUAUUUGUGGUGGGUUUAAAAUUAACUAUGAAAGGAGCAGAUAUUGAUGAAGAAUCUAAAAUUCGAUUUGAAGCCAAUAAAAUAAUACGACAAGAGAUCAGUCAUAUUGAUUUCAGUAUUCCUACUAAUGGGAUAGAAAUAACAGUCGAUAUAAAUAGGUAAAUAGCCAAUCAAAUGGAGUACAUAUUUA